AUGCCGUCUGAUGAAUCAUCUGCGCUCCCUGAGUCGACCUCGAAAGAACGCGCUGCUCUGGGCCGGUAUCUUUUCGAAAAAUUGAUUCAUUAUUUUCACCCGAGAACCUUGCCUAGUGCGAAUCAUGUCUUUGACGAUGCGCUGACGGCGUUCAUGAUGUCGAGUAUUUCGCCUAGUGAGCAGUCGGUAGAGUCCAGUCUGCAUUACUGGCUUAUGUUCCUUGGGUUCAUCGUGCAGGAAUUGCAGUUGUAUAAGGAUUCGCCGAUUCUCAGCGAAGAUGACAGAGAAGAAAGGAGGAGGUUAUGGUGGGCGUCUUAUAUUAUUGAUAGACAUGCGGCACUAUCAUUCAAUGAACGACCGCGUAUCUCAGAUCAGGAAUGCCGACUUCUUCCUCCAGUCCCUGAUGCAGUCUGGAUCCUACCAGGUCCAUUGCUGAGGAAUCCGGAGAGUUUUCAAGGAACAAUGCUCGAGCACCGAGUCAGUAAUCUCGAUAUGCUUGGCAUUUACCUACCAUUAUCCAAAAUCCUGGGAGAGAUUCUCGAACAUCGCUUCCUGUGCGAACAUCCAACCUUCAACACGAACGAGAAAUUCCUCACCGUAAUAAAGACAAACAUCCUCCACAACCUGGAACAUUGGUUCGACUCUUUUACCGCACUCGUCGGUACAGAAUUUUCCACAAUCGCAAACCCAGAAUGCACCUUAUCCCCUCUACCCGCCAUCCCGAAGGUAGCAUACUACGGCCUCCACAUGUACCACUGCAUGUUUGUCCUCCUCCACGGCCCAAUGGACAUAGUCCGAAUGUACAAAGACCAUGUCUGGCAAGCAUCUUCCGAUUUCAUCACUGCGGGUGAACACGCAGUGGCCUGCGCAAACGUCGCACGCUAUAUCCUACAAGUCGACCCACGACUCUGUCUAAUGUACCGAUUCUUCGGAACAUAUUUUCUGCAAUCAUCAUUUAUAUUCCUCAUCCUCGCUAGGAAACUGGGUCGUCAGUCGGAUGAGUUGAUCAUGCGCAACUGUGCGAUUAAUCUGGAAGUUCUGGAUAAGUUUGUUGCGACGACAAAUAUGGAUUAUCAGCAUACUUUUGCGAAAUUCAUCCGGAGGUCUCUGUCCUAUAAUUUGGGACAGGAAAGUUCUCUGGAGGAGCUUGAUAAUUCUAUGUCUGAAUUGGAUCCGGAAAGUCUUCCCUAUCGCUGGAUACCGGGUUAUAGGGGGUUACAGGUUGGGCCGAGUACGGAAUGA